AAUGUGUCCAAUCGCUGACUCUGGAGGUUUUCUUCAGCGCAAAAACAAGGAAAACAAAAAAAUCUGCUCAUCGUGUUCACAGUUUUGUAUCUUAGUUCGCGUUUUGUUGAAAAACCUGUUGGUUGCCCACUAGUUAUUGCAAAAUAAUCCAUCAAUACGUUUGGUUGAGUAUUCGGGUUACUUUGGUUUUUACGAGUUUGUUUAUAAUAAACUAUGUGACUACGUUAGAUUGGCUAACGUUAACCCAGUGUCCCUAAGCUGCCUGUAACGUCACGUUAUCCACAGCAAAAAGUUUCACCGAUGGAGACCACUCCUAAAGCAGCCAAAUUAAAAUCCGUCUAUUCUUCACCUUGUAAUUCAGUGGAGUCAAGCCCCUGUGCCCAUAAAGAAGAAAAGCAUAAUCAGAAGCUGAGUUCCUCACUGAAGGAGAGGCUGAGAAGAACAAGGCGCUCCUUCACCUCGCCCUUAUCUGUGGCCAAACGCCUCUGUGUUGAUGAGGAGGACAAUGGCCAACAAGUUUCAGCAGAUUCCCGGGAGACAGUUAAUAACCCUCCACCGAUCAUGCCCAAUGUCGAUGUAAAACGAAAUGAAGAGAGAUCAGGGAGUGAAUGGCUUUCUGGACCCAUUCCCAAACCGACAUAUCCUCCUUCCAAAGACUUGGCACAACAGCGAGACCAACUGAGGAAGGAGGUUAAAGACAAGAUGGAGACUUUGCGCAGACUCAAGAUGGUUAAAAUGUACAGGAGCAAGAAUGAUUUAGCGCAGCUCCAAACCUUGGUUGACAAGUGGAGAAGUUGUGCUCAGGCUGCACUGUACGAGCUCCAGUCAGAUGUCCCCGUAGACGGGCGGAAGGCCAGCCUGUCAGGUCUUAUUGACCUCUUUGGUCUGGAUGAUGGCAUUCUCCACUUUGACCGCACAGAGGAGGACUUCACUACCUAAUAAAUAAAUGCUUUAAAAACAAUCACGUUACAAAUAUCCUGAGUUAACUGUUUUAUUUAUUUUGCUGUGACACCAUUCUUAUUCACAGCGUAAGUUGUAAAUGUCCUGUUAAAUAAACUUUCUAAGAAAAGUGUAAAUAAAAUUGUGUUCUCUCCUGAAGAGAAGCCUUUUCUCAGUUGUGUUUCAGCUGAUCAAGUGAAGGAAAGUUCUUCAUCCUUAGACGGUCAACUUCAGCCCAGAGGAAAGCCAGAUCCUCCGCCAGCUGUCUGGCAAAGUCCUCCAAGUUCUUCCUCUGAACGAUUUCCCGGUAGUGCUCUUCAGUUUUAGCUGCCUGGUUUUCCUCUGAAGCUAAACACCAAUAAAGUCACAUUAUCAGUCA